AAAAAAAACAAUCAAAUUGAACCACAAAUCUCAGAAAAAUUUAGAAACCAUUAAUAGUUCACUGACAAUGGCAAUGGCAAGGGAAAACUUACCCCAUAGUAAGCUUUCUUUAUUUCGGAAGAACGUGCUUUCUUACUCACACCAAGAAUAUCAUAAUAGUCUCUUGCCAAAAAUGUUUAAUCUAGAUGCCUCCCAAUAUUUAUUUACAGCACCCAAUAGUUACCAUUUCUUUGAAUUAAAGCCACCUCCAACUGAAAAUGGAUAA